AUUUCAGCACCAUGGUCAGCACAAAGAAACAAAUAAGAGCUGCUGCAACCUUUCGGUGAACCGAAGUUGCAGGCUGCAUAAAGAUAAGACUGAUGACAUUGCAUUCCUUCAUCUUUGGCAAAGUUUGGAAAAGAAAUGAAGAGAUGGGCCAAAAGAAGUCUGAAGCAGAAGAAACCCUGAUCCAAUUCAUAAUCAACACACACAACCUUUUUCUGUGUUGGCAAGAAAUGUCCAUUAGAAGACACACUGGAGUGAGACUGAAUGUUAGAUGGAAUAGUUGAAGAAGGAACUACGCUAUGUUCAGGAAAAUACACUCCAUAUUUCAUCCCAACUCCAGUAGGAGUAGUUUAUCUGAUGGGAUCCCAGCUUAUGAUGGCUCUGCGGUUCGUUUGAUCCGUAGCACCUCUAUGUAUGCUCUCAGAGAUGAGGAUCAUACACUCAUCGAACCUCUGAAAAAAAGCAAAAGUACCACCAGCCUUAAUUCAGUUGCCUGCCUUCAGCUGAAAGAAGAAAAGGCAUGGAUGUACUCAAAGACACAAGACUGUUUGCAAUAUUUACAAGAUUUGUUAGCUCUGAGGAAAAAAUACCUUGCGGGGGUCAAGGAUUUGAAAGCCUUGGGCAGAGUGCCUGAAAUUUCCCCUUUGCCUGCAAAAUCUUCAGCAACAACCACAAAAACCCAAGCUCCUCCUCCACCCAAACUGACUUCUAAGAUCCCAGCGGACAGAAAUGGCUCACAACUCAGUUCAGAUGUGACUGAAGCAAUCGCUUAUUUUGACUCAAUUAUUGCAAAACUGGAGGCAGAAAGAUUUCACAAAGUUGUGAGGGAUCAUCCACAUGUUGAUGUAGAUUUUGAUAUUGUUUCUAGUUCAAGAGAACACAGCUUACAUUCCAACUGGAUCCUUCGUGCCCCUCGGAGAUAUUCCCAAGAUACCAGCCAAGUAGAAGCGAUUACAAGCCAAUCCAAAGGAAAAGGCCAAGGAGGAACAUUCAGCUCCAGAAAGAAACUGCAGAGAUAUCCAAUGUAUCUACCUAAAGCUGUAGAGGGAGCAUUUAAUACAAUGAAAUUUAAACCCAAAAUGUGCCUCAAAGAACAGCACUGAUCUGAAAAUCCUUACUGUGCAUACGCAGACCCGGGAGUCUUGCUUCAGAAGCAGGUGGUUAGGAUAUUUUUAUGCAAUAAAUUAGCAGUAGCAAUUAUUUGAUGUGUACAGCUGACAAGACUUGACUUUACAUUCUGCCUACUCUGAGGCCCCUUUGUAGUUGUGUGGACGGAACACACUUAUGUAAAGUCCUUACAAAUGUAUUCAAACAAGUUAGUAAACUUAGCUAGGUUAAACCUGAUGGAAUAGCAGGUUAUUCAGUCUGUUUGAUUAAUUUAUAAUUCAGUGUAUUGUGUGAACAGGCAGAAAAUAUGUUCAUUCGGUAACUAGGUAAGCUGCAACGUUAUGCACACUGAAAAUUAUCUCAUCCAAUUCUUCUUCCCUCUCCAUAGUAUAUCUAAUGUUGAUUAUCCAUACCAUAUAGAAAAUGUUAGCAUGAAUGCCAUGAUCACCCAGGGACAUUUUGUGUUACUCUGUGACAGGUUAGAUUAUAAAACAAAUCCAUGUCAUGCAACUUUGGUGAAUAUUGUUUCUACAUUAAUUUUUAAAAUUGUUCUUUGUUUGCUAUGCUGGACUCAGGUUAACACUGCAAUCUAGGAAUGUGCAUCCAGAAUUUAUGUUUCUAAUGAAAAAGAAACAAUUGUGGUUCUUCUAAAUAAUAUAAAGCCUGAAUAUUUUAAUUUUCAA